GAAUCACUUCCUUUCCUUCGAAAACAAGCCACGCCUUCUUCCACCCAGUUGUCAAAACAUAAACCGACAGCUACAGGAGUGGGAGUCAACCCUAAAGAAGUUUGGGAGUCAAACAAGAACAAUAGGUUCUUCUUCGAGCGUUUGGAGAGCAUCUUGGAGAACAGCCAUGGAAGCUCAGCUAGAGAAGGAGCUGGGAACCUCCAUGCUGAAUUCAACUGGCCAUUCUGGAGGAGGUUGUAUCAGCCAGGGACAGAGCUUUGAUACUGACCACGGGAGAGUGUUUGUCAAGAUCAACCACAAGAGUCAGGCGAAGCGUAUGUUUGAUGGGGAGUUGGCUAGCUUGGAAGCGAUCGUCAUGACAGACACAGUGAAGGUCCCCAAGCCUGUCAAGGUGAUAGAGCUGGAUACAGGAGGGGCUGUGUUAGUCAUGGAACAUGUUGACAUGAGGGGUCUCAGCAGGCACUCUAAGCAGCUGGGAGAGCAUCUGGCUGAUCUGCACUUACACAACCAGAGACAAAGGGACAGAGAGAACAAGGAACAGCAGACAGUUGGAAAAGGAGCUGAUGUUCCUGUCAUUGACCAGUUUGGGUUCCAGGUUCCCACUUGCUGUGGAUACCUCCCUCAGGAGAAUGAGUGGCAGAGUGACUGGGUAACAUUCUACUCUCAGCACAGACUCCAGCACCAACUCAACAUGGUGGAGAAGUCUUAUGGAGACAGAGAGGCCAGGGAACUAUGGUCCCAGCUACAGCUGAAAAUCCCUCAGCUGUUUACCGACAUCGAGGUGUUCCCCGCCCUGCUUCACGGGGACCUGUGGGGGGGAAACGUAGCAGAGUGUUCCGACGGCCCUGUCAUUUUCGACCCCGCCUCCUUCUAUGGCCACGCUGAGUAUGAGCUGGGCAUCGCCGGGAUGUUCGGAGGGUUCAGCGACUCCUUCUACUCUGGGUAUCACAACAAGAUCCCCAAGGCCCCGGGGUUUGAGAAGAGGAAUCAGCUGUAUCAACUCUUCCACUAUCUGAACCACUGGAAUCACUUUGGUGGAGGAUACAGAGGGUCCUCACUGAGGAUCAUGAAGGAUCUGGUCAAAUACUGACCACUGAUCAUAUAUGUACAGUGGCAUAAUGUACAACUACACUACCCAUAAUGCUCUGUAAAACAUAGACACAGAAUGACACUGACCAGCUUGAAUGACCUCACAAAGUCUUACACUACAGCCUAGUCUUCCAUCCAGAAGGGAACAAAUCAAUUUUGGGGUGAAAAUAUUAGUUAUUUCGAAAAAUCUUUUAACUCGAAAAGCAAGAAACAAGAAAACUAUGAUGCUAUGGUAUAGAAGAGAGAUUCCACGAAACCCAUUCCAUAUCCCUCUUUAUCUUGAAAUGCUUGAGAAAUCAUUUUUUUUAGUUAACAUUCCCCAGCUGUUUGAAAGCAGAAGUGAUUUUAAUGCUAUAGUGUAAGACUAAACAUAGGGUAUUGCACAGGCAUUUGCUUAAAUAAACAUAGCAGCAAGCAAGGUUAUGAUCUGUUUGUGUUGUAACAAUUAGCUUUGUUAAAAGCUGUGUUAAUACUAAGAAUACAAUGCUAAAUAAAGUACAUUACUUCCUGUAUCGUGACCAACACUACACUACGGUUUGAAUACCUCAAUAAGGACAAUAACCUAAUAAAGGGCACUAGACACUGAGUUUACAAACCACUAGGAACACCUUCCUAAUAUUGUGUUGCAUCCCCCUUUUACCCCCAGUACAGCCUCAAUUCGUCAGGCCACGGACUCUACAAGGUGUUGAAAGCGUUCCACAGGGAUGCUGGCCCAUAUUGACUCCAAUACUCCCCACAGUUGUGUCAAGUUGGAUGUCCUUUGGGUGGUGGACCAUUCUUGAUACACACAGGAAACUGUUGAGCUUGAAAAACCCAGCAGCGAUGCAGUCCUUGACACAAACCGGUGCGCCUGGCACAUACUACCAUACCCCUUUCAAAGGCACUUAAAUGUGUCUUGCCCAUUCACCCUCUGAAUGGCACACAUACACAAUCCAUGCCUCAAUUGUCUCAAUGCUUAUUAUUAUUUUUAUACCUGUCUCCUCUCCUUUAUCUACACUGAUUCAAGUGGAUUUAACACAUGUGAUCAAUAAAGGAUCAUUGCUUUCACCUGGA